AGACCCAAGCACCCAACCCACCACAACACGAACACCUCUCCUCUCGCGAGCCCCUUCUUUAUUUUCCUCUUUCUCUCCGCCUCCCUUCCAGCUCCCGUACCCACCUGGCCACCUCCAACCUCUCCAUAUACUAACCCUCCUCCCCCUCUUCCUCCCCGUCGACCACACCGCCUCCCCUCCCAAGCCCCUGACGCCUCGCGAGGGUGGCAACCACCGCCUCGCCGGAAUCCGGGAGCGGAGAUCCUACGGGCAAAAGGCAAGAAUGCCCGCGCAGAAGCGCCGGCUCCCGUCUCCGUCUUCGAAACCCCGCGAGCACGUCGCGGCUCCCGGCGCUGCCGCCGGCGGGGGAGGCGUAGGAGAAGGAGGAGGAGGACUCCGGCCGCUGCCGAGCGGGGGCGCCGCCAAGCGGAGGUUGACUGACCCGAAGCCGCAGCGCGAACUCGAAGACGAUUCGGACGCGGAGGAUGGCGGCGGCGGCCCUGACGGCGACAGCGAGUCCUCGCAGAGCGACGACGGCGGCAACGACGAGUUUAUACUAGUGAAAUUAGCAGAAAUACGGAAGGAGGUCCAAUGUCCUAUCUGUUUAGGCAUUAUCCGGAAGACAAGGACAGUUAUGGAAUGUUUGCACCGGUUCUGUAGAGAUUGCAUCGAUAAAUCUAUGCGGCUAGGAAAUAAUGAAUGCCCAGCAUGUCGCACUCAUUGUGCAAGCAGACGUUCUUUAAGGGAUGAUCCUAAUUAUGAUGCGCUGAUUGCAGCCUUAUAUCCAGAUAUUGAUAAGUACGAGGAAGAGGAACUUGCUUUCGGUGAAGAGGAGAAGACUAGGAAUAAAAAGAUUCAAGAAACCAUCGAGGGAACAUCUCGAAGACAGACCGAGGCAAUUGGUAAGAAGCGUACCACGGCAAAAGCUACUGCCACUGACUUUGCAAGGAAGUACAAGAGAAAUAUGCGAACACGGGGGAGGGGUAAAACCAUUGCUCCUGAUAUUGCCCCUACUGGCUCUGAUGAUGAGGAUAGAGAAGAAGAAAAUGCCAAUGAUGCCACCAAAGAGCUGUCUUCUGCUGAUGAUCGUUCUCCAGAUUUAAGGCAGAAAAGAUGUAGGAAGAGGUCUGCAUCGCAAGCUUCACCUGCUAGAACCAUUGGCAGUGGUGAACACGGCUUUGAGGAGAACGAUGAUUUAGUUAAUGCAAAAGAAAUUUUGGCCACCUCUCCGCUGCGGGGAGAGAUGCUUGCAUGGGGCAAAAAUGGUACACGGAGCCAAACUCGACAUGGAAGUUCUGCUGGUUCAAAUGGCAGGAUGGCAAAGGGUGGACGCAUUGCAAAGUUGGUGGAUCACCUUCGUACUACUGAUGAAAUGGAUAAGGAGUUCUACUUGUAUAUUGUUCUCCUUCCUCUCAAUGGACAGAGCAUACCUAACUUGGAAAAGCCCUAUCUAAGUUGUCGACCAACCUUGUCCAUUCGACAUCUUGUACAGUUCAUUGCUCUUCAGUUGUCUCGGCGAGUUGAAGAACUUGAGAUAUACAUAAGGAUGGACCGCCACCAUGGAAGUGUUUCCUCGAAGGGUUCCAUUACAGGUGAGGCAGUACUGCGUCCAUUUGAUGGCUUGGAAAGGUUGAGGGAAGAUAAACUUCUUUCGGAGCUUUACCCUUCAUUUACCUCUAGUAGCGGCGAUCUGGAGUUAUUGUAUGCUUUGAAAACUCAAGACUAGAUUAAUUUUGAUCUCUAGCUAUCAAUUUGUGAGGAAACUUUGCUGCAAGUGAGGGCUGCAUCUGGUGAACAGCUGUAUGUAAAAAGUAGCCAAUGUGCAAAAAUGGUGAAGGUUUUUUCUCAUGAGUUCCUUUUAGUCCGGUUUACCAUCUUUGUAAUAUAUAAUGAACUGGUCAGCGAAAGUCCUCAGUCGGCGAAUCAAACUACCUCCUAUUUGCUAUUCAUUUAUACUAUUCGGUGGGAUUAUGUGAA